AUGGGCAGAUGUACAAUUUGUAACAACCAAUUCUCCGACGGCGUUCAAUGCUCCGCGUGUGGGAAACAGUUGGACUUCGGUUGUGCGGGCUUGACUGAGGCUGGCUGGAGAAGAUUGGGCACGGACCGCCGAUCAGCUUGGAGAUGUCCGUCCUGCAGAACCGCUAGUUCAGCUCCUCUUAGUCCUAUUGAACCAGCUUCAUCAGCCACUAUUUUGCAUGAGAUUCGGGAGAUCAAGCUACAGAUGGCGGAAUUCCAUGAAAUCAAGGACAAAUUGGAUUGUCUUCCGAACUUGGUGGAAGAAAUCAAAUCCAUGAAAGCCGACAUUGCCGAUUUAAAAAAGUCGUGCAACUUUUCGGCUGGAUUAAUUGAUGACCUUAAAGUGAAGUCUGCUGAUAUAGACAAAAAAGUCGUAGAUUUGGAGGGUAGAUUGUCUGCUGCUGAAGAUAAAAUUAACAAUCUAAAUUCUCAGCUGUCAAAUUCUGAGCAAAGAUCACGACUGAAUAAUGUGGAGAUUAAGGGCGUGCCAUCAAGGAAAGAUGAAAAUUUAUUCCAAAUUGCUGAAGCCAUCUGUAGGGAGAUCGGAUAUAGCUUUCCAAAAACUCAGAUAAAUUAUAUCUCAAGAGUGCCUACGUAUAACUCAAAGGAGAAGGCAAUAGUGAUAUGCUUUUUAAAUCGAUACAUCAAGGAGGAUUUUAUAUCGGCAGCGCGCAAUCAUAAACUGUUGAAAGCUGAAGAUUUGGGUUUUCAUGGGUCACAGCAACGCGUAUUUGUGAAUGAUCAUUUGAAUUCUGAGUCCAAACAAUUAUUAAAUAAGGUCAAACAAACUGCAAAAGAGAAAAAAUAUGCGUACGUGUGGGUUAAAUUCGGCAAAAUUCAUGUAAGAAAAAAUGAUAACUCUGGAGUGUUUAUAGUUAAUAAGUUGAGUGAUUUAAACAAGUUUGUUUAG